CCGGAGCGGCCGGUACUCGGCGCGAAGCGUGACACCCAAGUGUGAGAAGAAAGAGGGAAGGAGGAGAGCAGGGGACCGUGCAGCCCUCUGUGCCGAUGGACAACAAGGAUAUUUAACCGCUUGCCCGGGGAGCGCACAGACACCGCAGUCCAUGCCUCUGCCUUGCCAGGUCAUUGAUGGGAAAUCAACUGGAUCGGAUCACCCACCUCAACUACAGCGAGCUGCCCACGGGGGAUCCGUCCGGGCUGGAGAAGGACGAGCUUCGGGUCGGCGUCGCCUACUUCUUCUCUGACGAAGAGGAGGAGGUGGACGACCGCACUCCGUCUGACUGCGGCUUCACCAAGGACCACAGCCCGGCCGAGGAGGGACCGUUCUCGGUCAGCGAGGUGGAGUACUCCGCGUUCCGCUCCCAGGAAUGCAUCUUCUCCAAGCUGCGGGAGAACGAGGACCUGAAUGUGUACUCGGCCAAAACUUUGCUGACUAUGUGCAAACCGGGGGACCUGCUGGAGCUGGUGGCCACGGCGCAAGCCCCCCACUGGGCCAUCUACGAGCAGGACGACCGGGUCAUCCACCUGCACAAGGGCGAGAUCCGAAAGGACAGCCUGCUUGAGAUCAGCAGCGGUCGCCACGGGAGGAUAGUGAACAAUCGGUACCGGUACCGGCCGCUCCCCCCCGACCUGGUGAUGCAGAACGCAGCGGGACACCUGGGCCUGCGCAGCGAGGAGAUAUGCUGGACCAACCCGGAAAGUUUCGCAGCGUGGUGUCGCUUUGGCAAACGGGAGUUUAAAGCCGGGGGAGAGGCGCACUCGGCGGAGCAGCAGUAUUUCCUCAAAGUGCAUCUGACCGGCAGCGGGGUGCACACUCUGGUCUUUCGCAGCCUGGAGGACAUGAUCCGGGAGAGGAGGCGAGUGGACGCCAGUGGAAUUCUCAAAGAGCUGUCUCUGGUGAAUGGGGGCAAGGAGUGAUCAGGGAUUCCGUUUGAUAGCUCCCCCCACCACCACCACCACCAGCCUCUCCCCCAUCUCCCCCAUCAAGCUGCCUCGUCUCCGCCAGCGCGCACGGACGCACAGUUUCUUUUGCGCCCAUACAAGCACACAGACGCACGCACAUGCAAAAAAAAAAGGACCUGUUGGGUUGUUGGACUGUCUGCCUUGUCACGCACGGACCCCGGGCUGCCGUCUGGACCUCACGAGGCAUCCUGUGGAAUUUCUCAUCCAAAUUGGCGAGUGUUGAAAACAAACUAGGAGAGAGCGCGCGGCCACAUAAACAGACAACGCCCCUUUCACAUUAGAAUUCGUGCUGAGUGGUGGUGGGGGGACGCACGAGUUCGAAACCAAUCCAUUGCCCCCAACCACAUUACGCACAAGGCUCGGUUUGGUUUUCAGUUUUUUUUUUUUAUUUCUCGGGAUAAUGAUGGAAAUAUGACUAACAUUAACGGCCCCUCUCUCUGCAAAGGGCGCCUGCUGCGGCAGACCAGACGGUG